GGAAUCAGUGAAAUGACUAUUUACGCAUUCAGCAUAGAAAACUUCAAACGUAGCGAGAGCGAAGUCCAAGAGCUGAUGGAUCUGGCACGCAAGAAGUUCACUCAGCUGUUGGAUCACAAAGAAACAGUCAUGAAGAAUGGUGUGCACUUGCGAUUUUAUGGUAACUUAGACCUGUUGCCAGAGGACAUUCGUCGUACGAUACGAGAAUACUCAAGGACUAUCGUUUUUAGACUGUUCCUAAAUAUAUGCGUUUCCUACACUUCCAGCGAUGAGAUCCAACGCGGACUAAAAACUAUCCUUCGAGGACAUUUUGAUGUACUGGUUAAAGAGAUAUCAGCGAAGAAACCAGUGGAGAAACACGACUUAUGCGCUUGCACAUGCAUCUAUUUCGACAGUGUUCUUUGGCCUGACUACAAGUUCUGGAAUUUGUUUCGCGCAAUAAUGUACUACCAACAACAUCACCUUUACUUUGAGGUAAUGAUCUGCCGUUAUUACGACUAA